CACGCGCGUCUCGGUCGUGGAGCGCACUCCCGUGUUCUCCUCUGCAAAUGGGCUCCGUGGCCAAGCGCCCCCAUCCCCAACACCUGUGAUCACGCAGAGGCCUGGAGGGGUCGCCGCCCAGGUCCCACCAGCCCGCGAGGCAGAGCAUGGCAGCCAUCCCCUCCAGCCGCUGGCUCCUGGCUACCCACGACUACUACCGGCGCCGCCUGGGUUCCACUUCCAGCAACAGCUCCUGCGGCAGUACCGAGUGCCCCGCGGAAGCCAUUCCCCACCCCCCGGGUAUCCCCAAGGCUGCCCAGGGUCACUGCUGGGCCAGCUUCUUUUCGGGAGGUCCACCCUCCAGUUCAUGGCCACGGUGCUGGAGUCCGCAGAGCACGCGGAACGCCCCCAGGCCUCCAGCAGCAUGACCACCUGUGGCCUGGCUCCAGAUGCCCCGAGGAGCCCCGUGGUCAGUUCAGCACUGCUGGACUGGGCCCCCGUCCUGACCUGAGGGGUGACCACCAGCCCCAGGCCUGUGGACGUGCUAGGCCACCAGAGCCCCUCC